AAAAGUUUUAAAAAGAGUUUAUGGCAUAUCAGUUGCUAGUCUUAUCAUCCGUACUGAGGCAAAAUGGAUAAAAUUUACAAGAUCUCUUCAACUGAGAGGGUCCAACAGGUAGAAAAAGAGCUAGCAGUACAACUGGCUGAACUGAAGACAGAAAUAGAAGAUAAUGGAGUUCUACAGGGAACACCACACAAGGCUUAUAGCUCUGUUCCCCUCCCAAAAGAUAUUUAUUUUUUCAGAAGAGAAAGAGAGUUGGCACUGAAGAAAUGUUUACAGGUAGCAGAGGCAAAGCCGCUUGUAAUUCAAGCUGAUGUCAUGCAGAGGGAGCUAGAUACCUGUCUGAAAAGAGAAUAUAAUUCUGAAAGCUUACCUUUAUUACUGCAUCAGUUUUUUACAGAUAGAAUUGCCCAGUUGGUCCAAAGCAAAUAUUUAUACAUGCUUAGAUGGAAGAGAUUUUGUCAGCACAGCAGUGUUAUUGAGCAACUAUAUCCUCUUUACCAGAAACAAAUGGCUCACAUUAUGCAGGAGUACAAUGAUGCUGUUCAAAGGGCCGCCAGACUGUCAACUGCAAGAGAGAACUUCCUGACAGGAAAGGAAAAUCCUACCAGCUUGGUGACUCAGGAAGACCUAGCUAUUUACACACAAUGGCUAAUAUGUCACCUGCACUCACUUAAGGCCAUCCACAACUACCUUCAGGUACUCCAGUACUUGCCUAUCUCUCACAGAAUGGAGGUAGCCAUUGGCAGGCAUCAAAACCAAGGAGAUGGGAAUAAAUACAGAGCUGCCAGAAAACUGGAAUCCUUGUCUUCUAGUAUUCAGUUCUUUAUGUCACCUAAUGCCUCAGCAACAGAUGGAUUCGUGUCAAGGGAAACUGCCUCUGCACUUCCACAGCACAGAACAGAAACUGAUGAACUGAAGCCCCAGCUCAGACAUUUGCUUUCUCAGUUUGGUAUCAGCUACAACACUGAAGACUUGAGGCAUUCUGCUGAUGAAAUGGAACUUUUUUCUACGGUAACACAGAAGUUUCGAAGCAUCUUCAAUAAGCAGCAGAGAAUGAGAACAUUUCCUGUUUAUGAUGCUGGAACACCUGGAUCAGAAACUGGGAGUAUAGUAGACCCCAAAAUGGUGUUGAAAAAGAAAGCCAAUUGGAUUCCUUUUGUAAAGAUUAAACCUAAAAAAGAUCCAUGGAAAGAAAAACUGAUCAUGAAACUGAAACAGUGGAAAAAAGUAGAUGAACUUCUACAGCUUCAGUCAAAGUUUUUAGAGGAGCAAACAAGUGAUGAUGGUGAUAAUAAUCCUAAUGUGACAAUCAGUGAGAAGAAUGUCAAAAAUGCUAACCGUAGUAACUGUUCCAAAUUGUCAAGCCGGAAGAAAGACCCAAGAUAUAAUUACAAAACUGCCUUACAGCUGUUGGGGUUAGAUGAGGGCACAGAAGAGGCCAGCAGCAAGGACCUCACCAUGAUGAAAGGAGCCUACUUGUCUCUCCUUUAUUUGCGUCAUUUAAGAAUUAGAGAACUGCAGGAGUCCUCAACUACUUCAGGUCCAUUGAAAGAACGCUCACAAUCAGCACCUCGGGUCUGA